AAAACAUGUUGGUCAGGGCUCAAGUCGCGAAAUUGACCAAAGUCCAUACGUUGCGGUAUUUUGGGCCUGUAUCGAGUGCCUUCGACUAAGUUACAUUUACCGAUUUCAUCCUGAUAGCGUAAGACAAAUUUUGGUGAGUCCUGGCGAGCGCACAUAUAGCAGUUCGACUUCGGCUCUCGCUCAAGUUUAUGCCCGGGAACCAUUCAGAGCUUAAUUUAUGUCACAUGAUGCCAUUUCGGCAGUCUAGGGUCUUGGACUCACGCAGUCCCUAGGGACUUGACGGAGUAGCACCCGUGUGCCCCUAGCCACCUGGCGACCGCAUGGCUGCAAAUGCAAGCAGUACGACGUAUACCGGAGCCCAGAAGACACACAUGGAGGCGUCAGAAGAUGAUAAGAAACAAGCUGAAAGCUCAUGGGAGGUAACGUUGCUGGCCGAAAGGACGCCGCCGUACGUAAGCCGUCCCAGGUAGGGCAGCGUGCGGAGGCAGAUGAGCGCAGGCAGGGGUGUUCGGCGGGUCCGGCAUACGGUAGGCCGCAGGCAGCAUGCCUCACAUGCACAGCACGACAACCCGCCUGACAGGUGCCCAUUCCGCAUGCGUGCGGGCUUGCCAGCUGCGAGCAUGGAUGCAGACGCUUGUGCGGGGUGCCAGGACGGUGGUUGCAUGGCCUCCGUCCGGCACGCACGAAAGGGAGCGGUGUACAAGUGUGCAUGUGUAGUGGGGGGCGGCGGGCGGGGCUGUGAAGACGUGUGUCAAGCUCCUCUGUCUUCACCCCUCAGCCUGCAUGCAUCGGUGAUCGGUGCGUGGGCAUGGCAGGGAGCAAACGGCUCAAGUGCGUGCUCAACUUGUCGAGGUGCGUCCACGUAUAGCGGGCCCCGGGUAGCGGCCACGGUAGCGGCCUACGGCUGGCUUACCUGAGAGCAGCACCAUUGCUUGAUCGGAUGGCAUGGCACGCAUUCUUCUUUCUGAGGGCCCCGCAUUAUGUGUCCCACUCAGAGGACGGAGGAACAGCUGAUGAUACGGUAGGCGGUGCACAUGUGCAGGCGCUGAGCCCGGGCAGGCGUGCCUGUGGGCAAGAUGGGGAGUUUCAUUAUUCUUGGAGC